AUGGCCACAGCAGCACAAUCAGUGAAAACAGCUCGAGUAGCUAAAACAAAAGCUACUCAGAAAAUAACGGAACAGGUUAAACUAAUGAAUGCCUCUGAUCGAAAGAUUCUCAAAGAGAUUGAUAAUUAUUCAGACAUUAAAGAUGUGAAACGGCAAGGUUAUAAAUCUCCAACGUAUAUUAAAGCAAAAGAUAAAGUUCGUGCUGGUGAUAAAAUGGCUAUUGAUUACGAUUUUUGUAGAUUAAAAGUGGCACUUAUUACCGACAAUAAAUGUCCAUAUCAAUUACAAAAAACCCUAUUAAAAUUAACUUCUGAUUAUGAUUUAAAUAAAUCACAAAAAGAACAGACAGGAUCAGUAUUGGAUAUAAAAAAUCAAGUUGCCAUUGAUCGACAGCACGUAUUUUUAUUCGUUGCCUUAGUUUAA